AUGAAUCUGAGGGGCAAGGAAAAGUACAAUUCCGUUAACCAUUUGACUGGGCUAGCACAGUGUCUGAUCGAUAGGAAUACAAUCAUUGAUCUUCGCAAUGAAACGAUGGUGGCAGGAACGAUCGUCGACGUCGAUGGGUACAUGAACGUAACGAUGGAAAAUGCGGUCUACGUCGAUCAACUAGGGCGGCAGUAUCCGUUGGACAAUUUUAUGGUCUACUCCAAGUACAUUAGAUACAUACACAUUCCGAAAGACGUUAAAAUACUUCCAUCGUUUGAGAAUUAUUUGAGCUCAAUGGCGGGUCCGCAGCGUGGUGAAAAGAAGAAGCUUACAUUCAGAGAAAAGCGGACCAAAAUGAGUAACCUCAACACGAUGAUGGAAAACAACAUGACGAGCAGCAAAUAGUGCAGGAAUUUUAAGAGAAUUAUACGUUUAUUGCCAUCGUCA